AUGAGGGAGGUUACCGAUAUAGUGGACAAAUGGGUGAAACGGCUAACAUAUAGUCUAUAUACCGUUACUCGUAUUUCUGCGUGUGGCAAGCAGCUGUAUUUGUCAUUAACAGUUUAUAUGUUUGUCACAGAUGUUACUCUGACUCUUACAUCUACCAACAUAUCAAAAAUGUCAGGUAUUACAGUGAUAGUAUCUGUUGGACCUCGUGCAGCCAUUUGCAGUCACGAAGACAUGUUUUCUACCAUAUCUGAUCCAACUAUAAUAUGCCAAGUGCAAGGUACUUUACUUCAUUUCGGAAUGCUCUCAGUCGCACUGUGGUGGUUCUUCUACAUUUUCAACGUCUUCCUUCUUGUCUAUUCUACAUCCACGAGCAACCUUAUCUACAACUACUCAAUCAAGUUAUUCUGCAUUGAACUGUUGGCAUCUAUUGCGGUACCGACCAGCAUGGUGAUAACCGUCUUUGCAGUUGACGGUAAAUACAACACAUUCGUCGUGCAAGUGGCAUUGUGCAGUCCUCCCACUUCUCGUCUAAUAUACUAUACUUUUUCAUUGCCAUUGCAAAUUGUUUUCUUGUCUGGCUGCAUAUUGAUGGCACUGAUGGUCGUCCGGCUACGAAAGGCUCAAGCUUUCAGAGAGUCGUGCCUCAGCAACGCCGCGUCCCGCACGCACAAAGCGAUCGAGAAACGUUUUCUUCUCGUCGUCAUCGUCUUCCCGCUCUGCUUCGGCACAAUCUUCACGACUAUCGCUGUCUACGAACGAUUGUCGAUGAGAAUAACUGCCGACUACCUUGAUUAUGUCUACUGUCUCCACAAACAUCCCGACGACCACUCACUUUGUUCCGCAGACUUCCGCAAUUACGGCUCCAUCAUAGCGUGUCUAAUCGGCUUCCUUCUUUUAAAUAGAGUUUCAGUUCAACAGCUUCUUCGUUCUCGAUGCAAAACUGCCCUACAGUGGAAUCGCUUAUCUGCUGACGAGUUUGGCGAGAGAAACGUGUCCGUUUUGAAGUGUCGUUUUAAUGAAACCGAAGCAGAUAUCAACACCACUAUUGAGAUACUAGGGAUGCUUCGUAUUCAACAAAUCGACAGAUGUCUGUCUGCCGCUAUUCCGUUGAUUUGCGACGCCAUCUACACCAAUUGUGAUGGCAGCGAUCGUUUUCAAACGCGAACAAACUGUUUGCGGGUAAAGAAUGGCGUUUGUAAGGGUUUCUGGAAUGAGGCGGCUGGUUUUAUUAACAAUGCCCAAAGGAAUAGAAAAUGUCUAACGAUUGCUGAUUGUGAUAGUGAGAUGUUUAGAGAAAGAAAAGACAACAGAACGUCAGUGGAAACAUCCGGUAAGAUUUAG